CCAAGAAUGAAUGAAAUCGUAGCGCGCUGGGCGGCAGAGCGGGCGGCGCAGGCCGGGCUGGGCCCGCGCGCGGCGGCAGCGGCGCCCCGGGCCGGAGGCGGCCCAGCCGAGCGGGCCAUGGCUACCGCCAUUCAGAACCCGCUCAAGUCCCUCGGCGAGGACUUCUACCGCGAGGCCAUCGAGCACUGCCGCAGCUACAACGCGCGCCUGUGCGCCGAGCGCAGCCUGCGCCUGCCCUUCCUCGACUCGCAGACCGGCGUGGCCCAGAACAACUGCUACAUCUGGAUGGAGAAGACCCACCGUGGGCCAGGUUUGGCCCCGGGACAGAUUUACACGUACCCCGCCCGCUGUUGGAGGAAGAAACGGAGACUCAACAUCCUGGAGGACCCCAGACUCCGGCCCUGCGAGUACAAGAUCGACUGCGAGGCACCCCUGAAGAAGGAGGGUGGCCUCCCAGAAGGGCCGGUGCUCGAGGCUCUGCUGUGUGCCGAGACGGGCGAGAAGAAGAUUGAGCUGAAGGAGGAGGAGACCAUUAUGGACUGUCAGAAACAGCAGUUGCUGGAGUUUCCGCACGAUCUCGAGGUGGAAGAUUUGGAAGAUGACAUUCCCAGGAGGAAGAACAGGGCCAAAGGAAAGGCAUACGGCAUCGGGGGUCUCCGGAAACGCCAGGACACCGCUUCCCUGGAGGACCGAGACAAGCCGUAUGUCUGUGAUAUCUGUGGGAAACGGUAUAAGAACCGGCCGGGGCUGAGCUACCACUACACCCACACCCACCUGGCGGAGGAGGAGGGGGAGGAGAACGCCGAGCGCCACGCCCUGCCCUUCCACCGGAAAAACAACCAUAAACAGUUUUACAAAGAAUUGGCCUGGGUCCCUGAGGCACAAAGGAAACACACAGCCAAGAAGGCGCCCGACGGCACUGUCAUCCCCAACGGCUACUGUGACUUCUGCCUGGGUGGCUCCAAGAAGACGGGGUGUCCUGAGGACCUCAUCUCCUGCGCAGACUGUGGGCGAUCAGGACACCCCUCGUGUUUACAGUUCACGGUGAACAUGACGGCGGCCGUGCGGACCUACCGCUGGCAGUGCAUCGAGUGCAAGUCCUGCAGCCUGUGUGGCACCUCAGAGAACGACGGUGCCAGCUGGGCGGGUCUCACCCCCCAGGACCAGCUGCUGUUCUGUGACGACUGCGACCGGGGUUACCACAUGUACUGCCUGAGCCCCCCCAUGGCAGAGCCCCCGGAAGGGAGCUGGAGUUGUCACCUCUGUCUUCGGCACCUGAAAGAAAAGGCCUCUGCCUACAUCACCCUCACCUAGGCCUGGCCCCGGCCCACCCGGACCUCUGGAGCGGUGCUUGUCUGCCUGCCUCUCCCAGCUGCGGGGGGAGGGGAGAGGGGGAGGCCCGAGCGGGGGCUGGGCCACCCCUGCCCUCUGUGCCAGUGGGGUGUCGCAGGACCCCUUCCCUCCCCCCUGUCCCUUGGCAAGUGGGCACCAGGGGUUUCUGCUCCCCUCAAAGCCAUACCCCGCCUCUGGGCGGGCAUGGGGGGUGGUGGGUGCCAGCCGCGGGCAUGGACAGAGCCUUUUUCUAAAGAAAAAGACAAAAAGAAAAAAAAAAGAAAUUAAUAUAUACGAAGAGUCCUCUAAGGCCUGGCUGGGUGGAGGGGCGCUGCUGAGAGCAUCCACUGGGCACCGUCCAUGCCGGCCUCCGCCCGGCGCCCCUGCCCCCGUCUCUGGAGUUGCAGCCGUCCCACCUCCCCACCAAGGCGGCACCAGCCCCAUGCCCAGGGCGGGUGGGCAUGGUGUCCACCCUCGCCCCUCCCGGUGCCCACCGUGGAUACUGCAUGACGUGAACCAUGGUUUUGAACUCUGUUCCCGCCCCUCCCCGGUCACCCCACCCCGUGGCUGGCGGGUGGCAGCGGGGCAAGGCGGGCCCCUGCUCAGCGCCUGCUGGAAUGAGAAGCACAGACUCUGCAACGGACUCGUUUCCCUCCGCCCCUGCCCCUCGUCCCUGCCCUGCCAGGCCUGGCUGCCCCCUGCCACCCUCGCUGGCCAUAUUGGGGGUAACGAGGGGGCGUGGUUGUUUCUUGUGGUUGUGUGUGUUUGUUGUUCCGGGUUUAAAAAAAGGGAAAUUGAGACUGCAAGUGGGGGAGGAGGUGGGUCUGGGGGAACCUCCCCCAAGCCAGGAGUGCCCCCCCUUGUCACCGAGUCUCCUUUAUUGCCUGCCUCUGCUGUGAAUUAACUUGUUCUGUGUAUUAAACUGGGCCUGACCCCUCUGCCCA